AGCGCCUAGCCUGUCUGCUGAGGGCACUGCACCUACACGCAGCCUCCGAAUGCUCCAUCGUCGGCGAGAUGCUACCGAGCCCCAGUUCGACAUUCCGCUUUAAGAACAGAGUCUGCGCAAUGGGCUCCAGUUUAGCGGUUGGUCUGCGGUGAAAAUUAACUAGAGAGAAAAGAGGGAUAAGAGGACCAUUUUUCCUAGGAAUAAAAAUACGCACAGAAGGACACAAGACUGGAAAUCAAAAGCAGACUGACUGAGGGGGGAAUUUGGGGACAGUCAUGGCGGGGGCGGGAGCAAAGGGAAGGAAAGCGGGGCUCCCUGGUUUUUGUUGGAAAACCUGUUAUUUUCAUCUUUUAUUCUGGGUCGUUUCGUUAUGUGGUGAAGAGAAGACCUUCAUCGUAGAGACGUGGCUGAAGAACUAUGGCUACCUGCUCCCCCACAACAUCCGAACGUCGGACAUCCGCUCGGAGAAGGCCAUGCAGUCUGCUGUCGCUGCCAUGCAGCGGUUCUACGGCAUCCCGGUGACGGGCGUGCUGGAUCAGACCACCAUUGAGUGGAUGAGGAAACCUCGGUGCGGGGUCCCAGACCACCCGAGCAUCAGUCGUCGGAGGCGGAAUAAGCGAUUUGCCCUCACUGGUCAGAAAUGGAGGGACAAACAGAUCUCUUACAGCAUACACAACUACACACCUAAAGUGGGCGAGGUGGACACGAAGCGAGCGAUACGCCAGGCCUUCGACGUGUGGCAGGCGGUGACCCCGCUGACCUUUCAGGAGGUCGACUCCAAGGAGAUGAAGGCCCUGGGCAAGGAGGCGGACAUCAUGAUCUUCUUCGCAUCGGGGUUCCACGGCGACAGCUCGCCAUUUGAUGGUGAAGGAGGCUUUCUGGCCCACGCCUACUUCCCUGGCCCGGGCAUCGGUGGAGACACACACUUUGACUCGGACGAGCCGUGGACGUUAGGGAACGCAAAUCAUGACGGGAACGACCUCUUCCUAGUGGCGGUGCACGAGCUGGGCCACGCGCUGGGUCUGGAACAUUCCAACGACCCCAGUGCUAUCAUGGCACCCUUCUACCAGUACAUGGAGACGCACAACUUCAAGCUGCCACUCGACGACCUUCAAGGCAUCCAGAAGAUUUACGGCGUGCCCACUGCGAUGAUGGAGCCUACACGGCCUCUGCCCACUCUCCCCAUGGGACCCUUGACCAAGAAGCACAACCUUGCAGCUCCGCGGCCCACAUCGCCGCCCUCCCUCGACCGGCCGUCCAAUGGCAAGCCCAACAUCUGCGACGGCAAUUUCAACACGGUGGCCUUCUUCCGGAGGGAGAUGUUUGUCUUCAAGGACCGAUGGUUCUGGCGACUGCGGAACAACAAGGUGCAGGAAGGCUACCCGAUGCAGAUCGACCAGUUCUGGAAGGGCCUUCCGCGCGGCAUCGACGCGGCCUAUGAGAGGUCGGAUGGGAAAUUUGUGUUCUUCAAAGGUGACAAGUACUGGGUGUUCAAAGAGGUGAGUGCUGAACCCGGCUACCCGCACAGCCUGGUGGAGCUGGGCACCAGCCUCCCGCAGGACGGCAUCGACACCGCCGUGCGCUGGGAGUCCGUGGCCAAGACGUACUUCUUCAAGGGCAACCAGUACUGGCGCUACAACGAGGAGAAGCGCACCGUGGACGCCGGCUACCCCCGCUCCAUCUCCGUGUGGAAAGGCGUCCCCGAGGCGCCACAAGGAGCUUUUGUCAGCAGGGAGGGAAUGUACACCUACUUCUACAAAGGCAAAGAUUACUGGAAGUUUGAUAACUCCAAGCUUUUCGUGGAGCCCGGCUACCCCAAGUCCAUCUUAAAAGACUGGAUGGGCUGUGACCAGUCCGACAUGGAGAAGAACAAGGAUCGGCAGCUGCCCCACGACGACGUGGACAUCAUGGUGGCCAUCAACGACGUUCCGAGCACCGUCAACGCCAUCGCCGUGGUGAUCCCUUGCAUCCUCUCCCUGUGCAUCCUGGUUUUGGUCUACACCAUCUUUCAGUUCAAGAACAAAGGGGUGCAGCAGAACGUCACCUACUACAAACACCCCGUGCAGGAGUGGGUAUGACAGGCUAGGUGGCGCUAGCUGAAGGCUAACGGAUAGAACAGUUUUUGAGAGGGCUACAAAAAAAAGAAAUAACAAAAAAGACAAACAAACGCUUUGGGUGCAUCAUGUGAUCAGUGCCUGUCUUUGCACAAUCUAUUGUGAGACGAGGGGUAAAGGAAGGAGCAAAUCCCUUUGGGGUUUCGUACAACCCUCACUCCCUCCCUACUCCUCCCAAAACCCCCCUCCGUGAAGAAACCUUAAAAAACGAGAAUUGUGUGCGUACCGUUACCAUGAGCCGAGAAAAGAAAACGAACGAAAACAAACACAACAAAACCACAGCGGAGCUGUGGGAGGCUCUGUCUGGAGCGCGCGAUGGAGCCGUCUUCCCACUGGUUGGUCUAAUGCACCUGUGCUCCACCUGUCCUCUUCUAUCUGGCCCGGUCACUGGAGGCCAUAUGGCGACCCGCAUACUGUCCCUCCGCCAGACUGCCCACAGACUGUCCUCCAGAGGGACGGAGACGGAGCAUGCCUCGCAGUCAGAUACCAGCAGUUCCUGUCUUAAUCCAACAUGGACUUGUACAUGAAUUUCAAAAGUAAUAUCAGUUGUGAAACAAGAAGAGCGAAUCAAAUUUAAAAAAAAAAAAAAAAAAAAGAAAACACAAAACAAAAUAAACUAAAAUGUAGGUAGAAAUGCCAUAGAAAUUGAGAGUGAGAAAAGGAAGAUUGUUGUGGAACAGUUUUAAGACUUUUUAAGUUUACGGAAUGACCUUGAGUUCAGGCUGAGAAAGACGUUGUUAUGGUUUACUCUAUGUUCACUCAACUUGUACUGCACAGCACUGGCGCAGUCUAAACGCUGGCUAGUGGACAGUGGUCAGGCUGCUGAUGAACUCUGACCCCACACACACACUCCACUUGUUCCGUGGAGCGGGUAGAAGACUCCUCUGCCUUGAGUUCACUUGGAAGUUUUCAAUCACUGAAAGUCUACCAAUUUAUAUAUUUUGUUUUUAUUUUAUGGAUUUGCAUUGCCUCUUUUUUUCUAGGAAUACAUGUCAGUGCUCUGAUUUCCUAUGUAACUAAUGUAAAUCAAACGUCUAUUGUAAUUACUUAUUGUUACAGUGUUAUAGCUUUGGAAUGGCUCUGUAACAUUCAGGCAAACCACAUCCCUUUCCUGUUAUGGUAUUUCCAGGCUUCAGGUACAGUGUAACAGUAAAUAAUUACAGCAUGCGCUGCGUCACACUCACUGACAUAAGUGCUCAGGAGGAGACAAUAAGACCUUUUUUUCCCUUUGAUUUCCUGUUUUUCCUCAUAUAAUACUACCUUUUUCAGACAUAAGCAAGCCACAUUGACUUUUCUGUGUGAAUCAGGAAAUAAAAAAAAACUGAAAAUAAAAAAAACAGGAAACAAAAACACAAUUCAUCCCCAAUUCAAAUUCACCCCCAGCUAGCUUUGCAAGGACAGGCUUCUCAUUAGUGCUAUGAUGUUAAGAUUGCUACGUCAGUAUUUGGCCUUGGUGUGAGAAUGGUUUUGAGAACUGAGGUAGCGUUAGAUGUCAUAUACUUUAAUUAACCUGCAGUGCUGAAAACAUAACAGUGGCAGUAAGACAUCAUGUCUAGUCCUCUUCCUCAUGCAAAAUAGGAGGAUGGAUGCCAAAUUGUAGAUGAGGAGGUGUUGCACCAUGCAUUGUCUCAUUCGCAGCUUGCAAACCCCAAGAAACUGAGAUCAAACAUGGCAGACAGAACCUCCCAUUGGGGCUGGGUUCUGGAAAUCCCCGCUGAGAGAAAAACAGUUUUCUCUGCCGUACUCCAUGUAUUUGCCUUUAAAAUGUUUUAGGUUCACUUUGAAUAUGCUUUUCUCACCCCCAUCAUUUAAGUUUUCAUGUUUAUUGCUAUAAGUAAAGAAAUCCAAGGAUCAUAACAGAGGCGCAGAAGGCUUUUAUCACCUUCCCACUAAUGAUUUCUUGUGAUGGGACGAGGCGAGCACACAACUGUCCACACAUUUGGGUGAGGUGUUAUUCAGAUACGCAACACAUUUUGAGAUACUUACAAUACUGAGCUUUGACCGGGGCAUUGACAAAGGAGUUUUCAUUUUGACCAUUUCUGUGUUUCUUCUUUGCCCUUGUCUAUCAAGCCUAUCAAGCUUUCAUUGGUUUGUGUGGUGUUUCUGUGGUACUGUAAUGUGCUCAGUGCUAAUAUAUGAGUGACUCACAAUCACAAUCACCUGUAUUGCUUUGCGUGGCCCAAGUAAACAUUAUCCCUUCCAGACUCAGCCAUGACCACUGAAAUGCUGACCUUGGUCAUCUCCAUUUCUAACAUAUAGAAAGUUUGUGAUAGGAUGUUUGAAUAGUGAAAAAAGUAGUGUCAUCAAAAUAUGUGGUGCUGCUAUAAAACGUUGAGCUUGUCAUAUGGAUGUGACUAUGAAGACAUCUACUGUAGUAGAGAAAAGUUUUAAGCUGCUUUAUAGGCCGUUGUCCCUAUUUGCAUAUUGUUCACACCAUGUGUUUCUGCUGGACAAUACUACAUUCAUUUGCCUUACUGUGGCAGACCUUUAGUGAGAUGUGUUGGGGCAGACCCUUUUAGAGGAGUAACCAGAAUGUUUUAUGACAUAACGAUUUUUUUGCUAGCCUGUCCAACUUUUGAAUUUUUUACACAAUGGGAUAAGGGUUAACAACUGUGUUUUCAGCCCCGAGGUCUAGUUGACCCGGAGUUUAUGUUUAUGUGUUUACCCAUGCAAAUAAUCCUGCAUAUUGGAUAUACAUAUUAUGACAGUUGAUUUCACUGUGUCAUUUAAUGAACUGACAUCCCUUUGUCAUCAGCACAAGUGACAUUUGCUUGCUCGUUUAUAAAAAGCCAAGUUUAGUAGAUAAAUCUGAGUGCGUUUGGCAUACGAAAUGUACUUAGUGGUUGCCCUGGGGUUGGUUUUAACAUGUUGAUGGAGAGGGGGAGAGAGAGAGAUGCAGUUUUAUAAAGUGGCAAAUUGCUUCGCUUCAAGGAAUUUGUUAUCGAUGGGCUUUUUCUCCCUGCAUACAUUUCAUUUCAUUUGAGUUCCCCUCCUGAUUAAAUCGGCUACGUGUCAAACAGGCAGUCUUCACACUCAGUUGCAGUGGAGACCAAUUAAAGUUCGCUAUCCCAGGAAGUAGUUAGUGCCCAUAUCAUGCACGGCUCUCAGCAAGACAUCCGGCGCAGGUUACUAUUGGCCUGCGUUUGAUAAUCCAUUAUUUCUAGAAAGGGUCAGUACCUGAUUUGAUCCCUGUGUCUUUCCACCAUAGACUCUCCUUUCUUACUUCUGUGUGUGCUGCUUCUCACCCCUGACGCUUACUCCAGAGGUUCCGAUUUGUAAGUGUGUGUGUGUGUGUGUAUUCGUAUACACAUGGCGCGUGUCUACAAAGCUCAUGCAUCCUGGUCUUUUGUCGAGUCUCUGAGAAAUCUGAAUGUCUAUCACUUGUCAUUUGUUUAUGGUUCUGAGCGCAGUUUUCAUUUAUUUCUUGAGGAGUUUUGGAAUGGAAACACAUGUACAGUAUGUUUCACUUACUGUAGUUGCUGUUAGCUGCUGUCUUCCAAAAUGUUCUCUAUCCUGAAAUAUCCUCAGAAACAGACAGUUUCUUUGAUUUUUACAUUUAUGUCUGCCUUAGCAGCUUCUGCUGAUACCUUUUUAAGACACUGUGCCUUGUCUUAAAAUUUGCUAUGGCCUGCUCUAUUUAUAUCUUUCAAUUCCCUCAGUAAUUUCUAUAAGGAGCUGGGAAUCUUUUCUUUUAUGUUCAGAAUCAGCAUAAUCUGUUAUAAUUUCUAUUAUAUCAUAUACUCCUUUGCAUAUUGUGUAUAAUCAAUAUGCAUCAUCUGUUAUCUUCUACAGGCAGGUGUGCGUAUCAGUCUUCUUGGUCUUUUUCAUUUGUGAUUCCUCCUUUAUUUUGAGCAGCUUGGCGGUUGAUCGAGAUGUGGUACUGUGUCAGAGCAGACGUCUAAGUGUGUGUGCCCAUUCAGGAAUGAUUCCAUUCUCUCAUCUCCAGAUUAGCUUGAGACAAAGGUCUGGAUUGCUUGUGCAGUCAUCCACAGGGACCUCCAUAUUUAAUUUGUAGCCUCUUUAUUCCCAAUGGUCUAAAUCUGUCUAAAGAUUGUCUACAGUAUAUUACAUCAGUGUUUGAUACUUUUGAAAAUGCAUUUUGAACCCAGGAUAUUAGGUAAAAGGAUGCUCAACCAUACAGCACACUUUUGCCCACAAAUACAAACUAAUUAUUCAUCACAAUCCUACGCCGUCUUAGUUCUUGCUGUUAUUGGUAGGACUUUCAAUAUGGUUGAUAUAUUUCAAGAGGUGGAGUUGGUGGAAAUCUGAAUACAAGGCCAUUGCCAGUGUACAACUAUUCAAAUUCAAGAGACAGUUUUUCUAUGAAAGGAUAGUCCUGGAAAUUCAUAAUUGAACCUACUGGUGCUAAAAUGUGAUGCUGAGAUUGAAUUUUUCUUUUUUUCUAAUGAUGUAUUCUUACUCUAAUGCACACCUUACAUUUUUACAUCCUUGAAUGGAGCAGAGAUAUUGACAAUAUUAUUCUUUGGUUGAAAAAAUCAGGCACAGCCUUGUUUAAUCUUCAUGGCUUUCGGGUCGUUAAAUCCCAUUUGUACCGGUGGGGAGAGCAAAUUAAAUCUCAUUCAUCAUCUUCUGCAAGCCAUUAGAAGAUAAAUUUCUUGUGGACAAUGAAAUACAAGUGUUCCAGGAACUGAUUUGGAUCAUUGAUUUCAUCAUGAUGUGUGUGCAUACCUGACUAAGAUUCAAUCAGGAUAAACAGGCUAAAACCACUGUAUGUGUAAAUAUACAUUAUUUCAACUAAUUUGUCCAGAAAUGAAGUUAAACAGUGUUUACUGUGUAGCCUAUCAGAUAUGGAUUACUAUGGAAAGAUAUAGGGGGUUGGUUGUAUGAGGGGUACUUUAAGUAGCAUUAUGACAAAUAUAUGGCAUAUAUUUAUUGAAAAUAUUGAUGCAAAGUACGUACAAAGCUAUGAGUCUGGGGAUAGAUGGGACUGGUCCAUCUACCUUUUACAUUUCUCUUAAUUAUAUGUAAUACCAUUUUCUACUGGUUGGGAGGAUGAAGAGUCCUUGGAUUUGCCUACUUGGCCUAUAUAAACAUUAUGGUGGCUAUAGACAACGGCCAUCUGUAACUUGCCUGUUGUUGCCUUUUGUUUCUAUAGUUCUGUUACAUGAGAAGUAAUAGGAGAAAAACAUAUCAGAGGUAGUCCAGACUUUUAAAGUUAAAAAAUUGUAUUAAAGUUUUACUGGGGAUCAAGUGAGAUUUUAUCUAACAUAGCUUUAAAGAGGAAAUUCACUUUUGUUUGUUGUUUUCAUGAUAUUUUACGAUGUAUUUUAUGUAAAUAUUCUUUUUGGGUUAUUUUCUGACUGAUCAAAGUGAAUAUCAAACUCAGUCUGUUUUCGAAAUACGACACAAAAAUGAGUUUUUUUCUAACAAAAAGAAGUUCCAAGAUGACUGUGAGUUGAACGAACCCCCUAAUAAAUGAUUGUGUAAAUAUAAAAAUCUGACACACUUUUGAAAAGUCUGAUCUUUUCUAAUUUUCUUUUUCUGUCUGAUCUGUUUAAUCUCAGAAACGGAUAAAAGUUAAAAGAAUAUGUUAUUAUACACCAUAUUAUUUAAGCUUUAUUUACAAAAAAACACUUUUAAUUACAUAAACGUAAACAUUGUUUUUAUAUAUUAUUUUCAUUCAACAGUUAUACACUGUAUAUCUACCAAUAUCACCAUGUUCUAUUAACAAAGAAAUGUCAAUAAAAGGUUUAAAAAGCUUU